GGCCUAUUCAACUUGGAUUUGACGACAGCAUUCUUCCCUCGCUUCUUCCUCUGGCCAGGCCAGUCGAGAAGAAAGCCUGUCACAGGAUUCAUACCUUCUCCUACUUCGAAACAACUCAACAAUCAAUCGGAGUUUAAAGAGGACAAGUGAAAAUGGAUUAUACUUCGAGGCAAGAAGCGGUUUUUGAGUUACCAGGAGAGCCUGCUAUUGUUGUUAAUGGAUUACCUCCCCUCCCCCCAGAUUGUGUAAACCUUGUUCCCUGUUCUGCCAUAACUGAUACAGUAGAAUUGCAUAGAUAUGAAGGUUGUUUCAGUCAAUGGCUGGAGGGUAGAGAAGUUCAAAAGCUGUUUGGGGACCAACUUUACAUCGGAAAAGUUGCCAAAUACGAUGAGGACACUCAUUGGUAUAAGGUGGUCUAUGAAGAUGGCGAUUCGGAAGAUCUUGAAUGGAAUGAAUUAAAAGAUAUUCUUCUUCCCUUGGAUAUAAAUAUUCCAUUAAAGACGCUGACAAUGAGUAUCAUGAAGAAGACAAACUUGGAUUUAAUGUAUAAUAUUCCAUUAAAGACGACUCAGCCAGCAACAACGAAUAUCACGAAGAAGACACAUAGUAAACUUCUUCAAAAGACCACAAAAACUCAGCAGUCUCAAGCCAGAUAUGAUUAUGGUACAACAGUUGAGGAAGGCAUUGAUCAGAGAAGCGGAUGAAAGUGGUCAGUUUACCAAUGCUUGGCUGGUGGUGUAUUCAAUGCCGAGUAUGAUCAUCUUCUUCAGAAACAAUUACUACUAAUAUUUUUAGUACAAAUCAGGCACUUAGAAUUCUUUAACUUCCUGUGGCCAAUGUUUCGUUUUACUAACUCCUCUGCAACUGAAAGAAACAAAAUGGUUUUUGGGUUUUCUUUGAAUUUGUUUUCCAGCAGAAUUUUAUGUAUGUCAACUUCAAACCCACUUGGGCAUCCUAUUUACUUGCAUAAUUGCCAUAUUUGUAUGAACUACUCCUCAGUAAAGUGGAUUUUAUUGCCAAUGGUUGUAGACAUUUGUGAACACAAUGAUCCUGUGAUUCCUGUCCAAGAAAUUAUUUUCAUACUGUCAAA